AUGUCUCAAGGACAGCGACAAUUUGAGAUUGUAGUUUGGGGAGCGACGGGAUACACCGGAAAAUACACAGCAGAACACAUUGCCCAAAAUCUACCCACAGACUUGAAAUGGGCGAUUGCUGGACGUUCGGAGAGCAAAUUGAAGACCAUCGCCGACGAGCUGCGCCAAAUCAACCCGGAUCGCCACCAGCCUGCCAUUGAGAUUGCACAGCUUAACAAGCAAGAUCUUGUCAAAUUGGCCAAGACGACCAAAGUUUUCAUCUCAACCGUCGGACCGUACCACAAAUAUGGCUCUGCGGCGUUCGAAGCAUGUGCGGAGACUGGAACUCACUAUUUGGACUGCACCGGAGAAGUGCCCUGGGUGUAUGAUAUGAUUGCCAAGUAUGAAUCGCUCGCCAAGCAGACGGGAGCCAUCAUGAUUCCGYAGAAUGGGGUGGAAUCUGCACCCAGCGACCUCAUGUGCUGGAUGCUUGUGAAUCACAUUCGUCAGACUUUAUCCGUCGGCACCGCAGAAAUCAUCAACACGGUCCACUCCAUGGUGGCAACCCCAAGUGGUGGUACCCUCGACACUGUUCUCACCCUCUUCGACACCUACGGGCUUGGUCAUCUUGCGAAGAGCAUGUCGCCUUACUCUCUCAGUGCCAUCCCACCUCCUACAGUGGCUMCCUCCAAACCUCUCUACGAAAAGGCGACUGGAAUUCGCAUGGACCCAGAUCUUGGCAUCUUGACGGACAGUCUUCAAGGACCCAGCGAUAUCCCAAUCGUCAACCGCUCCUGGUCUCUCUUCGACAAGGGCAACUUCUACGGUCCAAACUUCAAGAUCAACAUCUACAACCGCACCUCCUCCAACCUCUACGCUUUUGCAACUCACCUAGCCAUGACAUUCGGCUUCGCAUCUUUGAUGCUCCCACCUGUGCGAUGGGCGUUGAAGAAGUUCGUCUAUGCACCGGGCACAGGACCCACCAAAGCCGAAACAGAGAAAGAUCACUGCGAAUGGCGCGCGAUCGCUUUCGCAGAUUCCACCGACCCCAACGAUCCCAAGCGUGCCCAAGGCAGAAUCCGAUACCAGGGAUCCAUGUAUCAAUUGACGGGAACUUGCCUCGCAGAAGCCGCUGUCACGCUUGCCAGAGACAAGACUUUUGCGCAUGAAGUCGGAGGGGGAAUUCUCACGCCCGCGACUUUGGGAGCACCAUAUCUGGAACGAUUGCAAAAGGUGGGAUUCCAGACGGAGGUGAAGAUUAUGCCUUGA